AUGGGUGAUGUGGACCGAUCUCCGGACAUCUAUCUUUGCGACGAAAAGGAGACCAUGAUCUACCACUGGUCUGGCACGGAGGCCGGCAUGCUGGCGUCUCCGUACAAUUCCGUGACCGAUGUCAUUGUCACCACGGAUCGCGUGUUCCUGUGGCAGCGCCCGCUCUACAAGGCCGAACGGGGAGCCUUGAGCGCUAGCCUCAACCUGCGGACGUCGGUGGGUCAAGAUGUUCACACAGAAUUUAUGGCGAAGCAAGCGGCCGCCACAGUUACCAUCCAAUGA